AUGUCCUCUACUCCUCCGCCUCCUCCCCCACCACUCAUUAUACGCACCACUCCUUUGAUCCCCAAACCGGCAGUCCCCUCAGCAGGUCCUCCUGGGGCAUUCCUGGUCGAGCUGUUGGUCUUCAACGGCUCACCGUUUGCAGACCAUUGGGCGUACUGGAUACGUUCGCAUGCCAAUCCCGAUAUUGGCGUUCAGAUACACGCAGACGGGGACGUCAGAACUGGCUUCAGGUUUGAAAUCAAACGAAGUCGAGAUCUCCGCGAUGAUUCGCCGACGACGACAAUCCCGCUGCAGUGGGUUAGUGGGAGAUACUUUGAUGAGGAGGCGAUGUUGAAUUAUAGAGAGGCGAUGAUUGAUAAUGUUCCUGUUUGUGGUUUCGAGGCGAGUGCAUACAAGGUCAAGGCGCCUGAGAAGUCUCUGAAUGCGAUUGAUGAGACUGUUUCACCGGGAAGGAUUGGCAAGAGAAUCACUCAAAGAAACUGCCAGACGUGGAUUGUGGAGGCUGCCGAUCAGCUGGUUGAGGAUGGUAUAUUCAGCAAGGAAGUUGCUUCUUAUCUUCAUGGCAUCAAGCAGUGA